CAUCGUACGUCACAGCUGGAGAAGCGGACGCCUUUUUAGGAGCAGUGCAAGAUCAUUAGCAGCGUUGACCGGCGUGUAGAAUUAAUUUUUUGCACAUUUUUGUAUGAAAACGUGAAUUCGCGAUGGGUUUCUGCAAAUCCUUUUUGACAAAAUUGUUCGCAAUUUUCGUGGUUUUCCUGGCCAUCGCGUUUUUACCGGGGCUGCCUCCAGAGAUGGAAUUUACCCCAUACACACCCUCUGAGCCUUUGGAUUUCACUGGACCGCUGGCGCCAAAUGACAAAUUGAACGGUGCCGAGAGAAUUUUUGAGGGGAAAAUUCAGAACCCGGAAUGUUUGGCUGUUGCAAACGGGACCGUCUACACAAGUUCUAGGGGUGGAGAUAUCGUCAAGUUGGUUGGAGACAAAUUAGUUCCAGUGGCCAAUAUUGGACACAAAUGCGAGGGAUAUUGGGAAGAGAAGAAGUGCGGCCGUACCCUCGGAAUGACUUUCGAUACCAAGGGCUUUUUGUACGUUGUCGAUGCCUAUUAUGGGAUCUACAAAAUCAACGUCAAUACAGGAAAAGUUGGACACCUAAUUAAGAUUGAUCAACCAAUUUCUGGCAAGACUGUGAAAAUUGCAAACAGCGUGGCUGUGGGAAAAGACGGCACCGUCUACUGGACAGCCUCAAGCUGUGAUACUUCUUUCGAUGAUGCUGUACUUACUAUGUUAGGAGACGCCACUGGAAGGCUUUUCAAAUUUGACCCUGCUUCAAAGACUAACACACUCCUCUUGGACAAAGUCCACUUUGCAAAUGGACUGGCACUCUCUCAGAAUGAGGAUUUUGUUGUCGUGGCUGAAACUGUUCGCACCAGACUAGUGAGGUACUGGCUGAAGGGCCCAAAACAAGGCUCGAGCGAGAUUUUCUUUGACAGUCUGCCAGGAAUUCCCGACAACAUUAAAGUCAACAAGGAAGGAAUCUUCGACGUCACUGUUCCCUUGCAAAGGACAAAAACAUACCCUCUUCUGUCGGAUCUAAUUGCCCCGUACCCUCUGAUUCGUCGAUUCCUGGCUCGAGUUUUCUACCUUAUGGAAGUGCCAUUCACCCUCAUUCAAGACAACUACCCGAACUUCUACUCCGGAAUUAUUACUCAUUUGAUUGGAUCUUUUGACCCGCUGUUGCCGUUGUUCCCGAAGGAGGUUCUCGUGUUGCAGUUCGACCAAAACGGCAAGUUGCUGUCAAGUCUGCGCAGCACGGAUGAUAAGGUGACCCUUAUCAGCGAUAUCAUUCUAGCUGGAAACUACUACUACCUUGGCUCACCAUUCAACAAUUACUUGGGACGCGUCAAGAUAGAUAAGAUUAAGGCUGACUGAAAAUGUUACUCGAUGAUCUUGUUGCCUUAAAUAAUUUUCUCUCUAUUAUAUCAUUAUUGUUAUGUCUUAAAACUCCACUCUGUUGAAAAAUUACGGUAAUUUUGCAUCUCUCUGUUAUAUAUUGUUUAAAAAAGGUACUUAAUUUUAAUUUUAAAAACGUAAAAAGUUAUUGGGCAAAUUGUUGAUGAAACUUAAAAAAAAAACGUACAACGAAACCCAUUGUAUACUCUUCUCAGUGAUGUGCUUUUCACAAUAAAACCAUAUUUUUCAUAAAUU